UACGUUUUAAAAAAGGGAAAAAUGGCCGAUAACGAUGUAAAUGGUGAUUCUGAUGAAGUGCAACAGGAGAAAUCACAGAAAAAGACAGCGAAAUAUGACAGUGGAGCGGCAGAUUUAGAAAAAGUCACAGAUUAUGCAGAGGAAAAGGAAAUAUCCUCAUCUGAUGGAUUCUCUUGUGCACUAAGCAUAAUCGGCGAUCAACGGAAUAAAGAAGCUGCAGAGAAGAAAGCAAGAGAAAAGGAAUUGCUAAAAGUUCCUAUUAAAAAAAAAGAUGUUGACCUUAUUAUGAAAGAAAUGGAAAUAAAUCGGAAUGUGGCGGAACAAACACUCAGGGAACACAGAGGGAAUCUUGUAGAAGCAUUAAUUACCUUAACAAAUUGAUUGCACAGCAUCAGCUUCAAACAGACAUUCACAUAAAUCUCA